AUGAGCUCCCAGAAAGGCAAUGUGGCUCAUUCCAGGCCUCAGAAGCACCAGAAUACAUUUAGCUCUAAAACUGACAAGUUUUAUAAGAGUGUUUAUACCAAGAAAAUUAAUCCAAAACUUCCUAAUGGAGUAUGUCAGCGCUGUAAAGAAGUUCUUGAAUGGUGUGUAAAAUACAGCAAAUAG